UAAUAAUAACGCCUUGAAUUGAAGGCAUAAAAAUACUGGUGUGGAGAUAUGAAAACAAAAAACAAGUGGGGAGAAAACCACAGAACUUAAUUUGCCCAGUUUCGAAAGAAAAAAAAAGAUGAAACAGUGUUGAUGACUCUCCUCCCAGAAACCUAAGCAUUCACAAAUUCUGUAUAGUGUUAGAUUUUCAUCUCCGUUUUUAUUUAUAUUUAUACAUUAAAAGCUUCACACUCAAACCCAGAGCGACUUUGCUUCUCGCCACCACCAACAUCAUCUCUGGCCCUAUUUACAGGAGAAUAUAGAAGGGAUUUAUCAAUGGAAAAUCGAGGACAAAAGAGAACAGAUACGGACGAAGAGCUCCCUGCUGAUAAGAGAGCCUGUAGCUCAUUAGAGUUUAGGGCAAGCUCAUCAAACUCAUCAGCUCAGACAAACCCUCAUGAAGUCCAUGAGGGCGAAAUGGAUACAUCCUCAACAACUUCGGGAUCAAAUCCUUCAGAUGAAGAAGGUGAAAGGGAAUCCACAUACGGGUCUUGCGAUUCGGACAACUACAGAGACUACUACAGACAGAGAUCAUCCGGUGAUCAAACCAAAUUCAAGAAUAUACUGUCAAGCUUGAGUGAAGAGAGUGAAGAGUCAGGGCAAUUGGCUGCCCUUACUGAACUGUGUGAAUUGCUAUCCUUUUGUUCUGAUAGUUCCCUUUCAAGUAUGAUGGCAGAUUCACUCUCUCCUGCCUUAGUCAGAUUGGCUAAGCGUGAGAACAAUCCUGAUAUAAUGCUGUUAGCAAUCCGGGCUUUAACUUAUUUGUGUGAUGUGCAUUCUCGGUCUUCUGGGUUUCUUGUUAGACAUGAUGUUGUCCCUGCUCUUUGUCAAAGAUUGAUGGCCAUUCAGUACUUGGAUGUUGCUGAACAAUGCUUGCAAGCACUGGAAAAGAUUUCACGUGAACAGCCACUUGCUUGUUUGCAAUCGGGGGCAAUAAUGGCAGUUCUAAAUUAUAUUGAUUUCUUCUCAACUAGUGUGCAGCGGGUUGCACUUUCAACAGUGGUCAAUAUAUGUAAAAAACUUCCAUCGGAUAGUACCUCACCUUUCAUGGAAGCAGUUCCAAUAUUGUGUAAUCUGCUCCAGUAUGAGGAUAAACAGAUUGUUGAAAGUGUGGCUAGUUGCUUGAUCAAGAUUGUCGAAAAAGUGUGCCAUUCUUCUGAGAUGCUUGAGGAGCUUUGUAAGCAUGGACUAGUUCAACAAGCCACACAUCUAAUAGACUUGAAUAGCAGAACUACUUUGUGUCGACCGGUUUACAUUGGCUUAAUAGGCUUACUUGUAAGACUGGCAUCUGGUUCCAUUUUGGCCGUCAAGACACUCUUUGAUCUCAAUAUAAGCAGUGUACUAUGUAAUAUAUUGUCCAUCUAUGAUCUCUCUCAUGGAGUGCCAUCAACUGCCAUAGUUGUUGAUAGGCAAUGCAAUCAGGUACAUGAAGUUUUGAAGCUGUUGUAUGAGCUACUCCCUCCUAUAGUCAGAGAAAGUGAAACUCAACCAGCUACCGACAAGGAAUCUUUUCUCAUGAACCGCCUUGAUCUUUUGCAAAAUUUCAGCAUUGAUUUACUUCCUGCUCUUCUUCAAUUGGUUAACUCUGGUGCAAAUUUAUCUGUUUGCUAUGGUUGUCUUUCCAUUAUCCACAAGAUAGUCUUCUUCAGCAAUUCAGAGAUGCUUUCCGAGUUGCUUCAAGGCACUAACUUGUCAAGUUCUUUGGCUGGAGUGCUUUCUCGAAAAGAUCACCAUGUGUUGAUUCUAGCUCUUCAGAUAGUGAAUACCCUUAUGCAGAAGCAAUCAGAUAUUUUCUUAAACCCCUUUGUCAAGGAAGGUGUUGUUUUUGCAGUCGAUGCACUUCUUUCCCCAGGAAAAAGUUCACUGAAUGGUGCACAACCCUCAAAUGAGUCAACAUAUAAAACAAAAACACCAAGAGGUGUUCUGAAAUGCUUGUGUUUUGCUUUUGAUGUUGUUGGCCAGUCUCCAACCAAUUCAGAAUCUGCUUGGAGUUGCAAGCUUGAGAGAGAGACUGUUCAGAAUCUUGCACAGCGUAUUAAGACAGAUUACUUCAUUCCAGAAUUAAUGAGUCCGGAGAAAGGAUUAACUGUUGUUCUUCAAAAGCUAAGAACUUUAUCCUUGGCAUUGACUGAACUGGUCAACAAAUCUUCUUGUAUGCAACAGGAAGAUGACUUUUAUGAUUUGCUGACCCAGAUCAUGUCACAGCUAAAUGGGAAGAAUGCUAUUUCCACUUUUGAGUUUGUUGAGAGCGGAAUAGUGAAAUCUCUAGUUAAUUAUCUAUCUAAUGGUAAAUCUCUUGACGGGAAGACUGAAAAUGUUAGUGUUGCACUUCUCCAGCAAUAUGAUAUUGAGAAGAGAAUUGAAGUGUUCGGGAGAUUGCUUUUGUCUUCAUCAGAAUCAUUAUUUGCAGACUCAAAUUUUUUAUAUCUAGUACAUCAAUUGCAAAGUGCACUGUCAUCGGUGGAAAAUUUCCCUGUGAUCUCAAGUCAAUCUCCCAAGUUACGGAACUCAUAUGCUAGUGUACCGUUUGGACGGUGCACCUCAUACCCAUGUCUUAAAGUUCAAUUCAUCAAAGGAGAGGGGGAGACAGACCUCUGUGCUUAUUCAAAGGAUGUUGUGAAUGCUGAUCCAUUUUCAUCUUUGGAUGUAAUCGAAGAAUAUCUUAGACCAAAAGUGAGUAAUAAAAAAACUCACGAUAGUUCAAAAUUGCCCUCUCAAACAAUGGCGGAAGGGCCAGCUUCACAGUUUACACCUGAUUUGAACCCUUCUAACGAGCAAGCUACGGAUCCUAUAGAAUCAGAGAACAUACAUGUGGAUAUGAAUCAAAUGCAGCUUUCCAAAGGAGAGGAUAAUGCCAUAGCUUCUUCAUCCACACCAGUGGAAACAGAAAAUACAAAGCAGGCCAAUGUGAACUCAAUGGACAUAACAUUUCCUAUGGAGUCUGUGGAGCAGGGAAGGCUAAAUCUGUCUGAAGAAAAUAGUAUUACCAGUACACAGUGUUCUCAAUGCAGUGAUGGUGGUGAAACUGAAGACAUUCCGCUGAAAUUGUUUUUCUACUUGGAGGGAAACAAACUAAACAAUAAACUAACACUGUAUCAAGCUAUACUUCAGCAACAUAUUGAAGUAGAAGAUGAUUCAAUUACCAAUUCCAAGGUUUGGAAUCAGGUCCAUAAAAUAAUUUACAAGUCAUCUGUGAGUCAAAAACAAAAUUGCGUCGAGAACUGUCUUCACAAGACGCGUCAUUCGCCUUUACACGACAAGCAUACAUUGUGGCAACAAUACACUCCAUUUUUCUCUAACAUGUUUUCCUCAGUAUUGGUUGAUAUGGACAGAUCCGAUCCAACCUAUGAUAUUUUAUCUCUCCUUAGAUGUUUGGAACACAUGAACAGGUUCAGAAUUCAUCUGAUAUCUCGUGGAAGAGUAUUUGCUUUUGCAGAAGGGAGGACUGAUAACCUGGAUAGUUUGAACUUUGAAAACUUUCUUGUCCCUCAAACUGAAUUUGUGAGCUGCAAAUUGACUGACAAAUUAGAACAGCAAAUGCGGGACGCUCUUUCUGUAUCUGUUGGUGGCAUGCCUUACUGGUGUGUCCAAUUAAUGGAUUCAUGUCCGUUUCUGUUCAGUUUUGAGGCAAGAUGUAACUAUUUUCGCCUGGAAACAUUAGGCAAGAGGCCAGUUGAGCCUAGUUUACCAUCUGAUAAUAAUAGUCGAGGCCUGAACGGCAGGCAUCUAGCCAGUGGUGGUGGGGUUCCCCGUAAAAGGUUUAUGGUUUACCGCGAAAAGAUUCUUGAUUCUGCUUCUCAGAUGAUGGAACUACAUGCUCGUCAAAAGGUCGUAAUUGAGGUGGAGUACAGUGAUGAGGUGGGUACUGGUCUUGGACCAACCUUGGAAUUUUACACAUUGGUCAGUCACGAGUUUCAGAGAAGUGGUUUUGGCAUGUGGAGGGGUGACUGUAUGUCAUGUGGAAACGUUGGUGUGGCGGUUAAUAAUAAUAAUACAGAUCAUCAAGGGGGGAGUCUUUUGUCUCCUUUCGGCCUAUUCCCCCGCCCAUGGUCACAAUCUGUGAAUGUCUUGGGUGAAAUUGGAUUUUCUGAAGUGCUUAAAAAGUUUGUCCUCCUUGGCCAAAUUAUGGCGAAGUCUCUUCAAGAUGGCAGGGUUUUGGAUCUUCCUUUAUCCAGGGCAUUUUACAAGCUAAUUCUUGAAAAGGAGCUCAGUCUAUAUGAUAUCCAAUCAUUUGAUCCUGAGUUAGGAAGGGUUCUUUUGGAGUUUCACGCUCUUGCUGAAAGAAAAAGGCAUAUGGAAGGAAAAUAUACUCUAAUGCCCAACUUGUAUUUCCACAACACCAAAAUAGAGGACCUUUGCCUUGACUUUUCUCUUCCUGGCUAUACAGAUUGCAUCCUCACUUCUGCUUCUGAUUCUGAAAUGGUGAAUAUAUCCAACUUAGAGGAGUAUGUUUCGCUGACCGUGGAUGCAACUGUAAGGUCUGGAGUUUCCAGACAGGUGGAAUCUUUUAAGUCUGGUUUUAACCAGGUCUUCCCUAUCAAGCAUCUCCAGAUAUUCACUGAAGAAGAAUUGGAACGUUUACUGUGCGGAGAACGUCAGAUUUGGAAUUUGAAUGAACUUGUUGAUCACAUCAAAUUCGAUCAUGGUUACACUGCCAGCAGCCCUCCUGCUAUGAAUUUAUUGGAAAUCAUAAGAGAAUUUGAUCUCGCUAAGCAGAGAGCUUUUCUGCAAUUUGUGACUGGAGCUCCAAGGCUGCCUCCUGGUGGCUUGGCAUCUCUUAACCCUAAACUCACAAUUGUUCUUAAGAAAUGCAGCAAAUGUGCUGAUAACGACCUCCCCAGCGUGAUGACAUGUGCUAAUUAUCUUAAGCUGCCGCCUUACACUUCUAAAGAGAAAAUGAAAGAGAAGCUCUUAUAUGCCAUAACAGAGGGGCAAGGCGCCUUCUUCCUUUCAUAGGGUGCACAUAUCAGGCAAGCAGGUACAUAGUGUGAAUACUUAGUUAUCAGGCUAGGAAGACAGUGUUGGUGUGUACAUACAAUGACUAGGUGGUGUGGCCUUGAGGAGGGAGUGAUUCUGGCUUUUGGAUCUGACUGAAGAAGAUGAAGACAGUAGGUUAAGGUUGUUACUUGUUAGUGUCAAGCAAAUUGUGUGGUGGAUUGGUAUUAAUAUUUACACUGCUUGGGAGUGAAUAAUUUUUUUUUUUGCAUAUUCUUGGAGUUAAUAAUUUCCACCAUGUCUCCAUGCAUAGAAAUGUAUAGAAAUGUUAUGAUCUCACUGCCCU